AUGGCAUUAACUGAUCUACCUCGGGAAGUUAUUCUCUGUAUUGCAGACCACCUCAAGCGGAAGACUGACAUCUGGGCUUUCACUCGAGUAAGCCGGGUUCAUUAUCAUUGCCUUUUGAACUAUUUUAUCUCUCGUUUCCGACAUUCUCUACUGGACGUCGCCCUCGAAAAUGUCUGGGAGGACUUGCUUCGAAAAGUCCUCCGGACGUCUAUCGAUAUCAAUCAUCAAAGCGAAGAUGAUUUUGAAACACCCCUCUCCCGUGCUACAUACAAGAAUCAGAGGAGUAUUGUAGAAAUAUUGCUAGAAAGGGAAGACAUCAAUAUCCACUGUAAGGGAGGCCUCUACUUGGGCGAGAGAACUCCACUGCAGUAUGCUACUGAGACGAACAGAGAAGAAAUCAUGAGGAUGUUGCUUGGUCAUGCCAAGAUGGACAUCAGGCAUGCUUCCGAUGCUCUCUGGAUUGCUGUCAACAACCGAAACUUGCGCCCUAUGGAAGUUCUACUGGAUUUUGAAGUUGAUCCAAACAGAACAGUAGGUGGACGGUCUUUGUUGGAAACCACAGUUCGAUCUCGCUUGUAUGGUAUGCGAAAGCUGCUAAUUCAAGACGAGCGUGUCAACCUUAACUGUGCGCUCCGGACUGGUGAAGGAGAUGAGCCUAUCGUUUUGGCUAUGAUGAAGAUGCGCUCUUCAAAUUAUUUAGAUCAACUCACUGAUCUGUUCAAGCAACGAGCCCGUAUCUCUUUUGAGUCUUCAGACCAUCAAGGCAACACGGCUCUGCAUCUCAUGACCAGCCAAGGACAUCUUCAGUGGUGCGAGUAUCUAUUGCAAAGGUAUCCCGAAAUGCCAUUCAAAGCAGACAAACAUGGUAAGCUCCCAGUCUUUGAGGCUGUGUCUCGCCAAAGAGUGGACAUCUGCAAACUUUUCUUGAAGCACUGUGCUAUAAGCUUCCAAACACCAGAUGCCGAAGGAAAGCUUCUAGUUUUCGAAAUAUUUCGAGCGGGGAACUUGGUAUUGUUCAAGGCAGUUCUCGAUUGUCUCGGCAAGGAGCUUCUUCGGCUCAGAGAACACAACGGCCGUACCCUUCUUGCCGAAGUGGCUGUAUCUGGAGACCAUGCACUUGUCACAGACUUAAUAAGCCUCGGUGCUGAUCCCAAUAAAAAUGACAAGGAAGGCUAUACUCCAUUGAUGCUGGCGGUCAGUCGGAACCAUGUCCAGGUCGUCGAGGCAUUGCUGGGUAUCGAUGGAAUUGAUACCGACCAAGUAGAUGAGAAGGGCUGGACAGCGUAUGUUUGGGCAAAAUUCCCUCCUCCGAGGUGCAAGAGACUUCUACCGCGAUACAAGGCCAUGGAAGACAUGCUUGUUGCCAAAGGCGCAAGCAAAGGCCGACUGGAUAAUCUGAAAAGGGUGCGGUGGCCUAGGAAGAUGUGGUAUCCAGGAUUCGAGCGCAGGAGUCUGAUUUAG